AUGGCACAGGAAAGCAAUUUGAAGAGCAAUCACGCUGUGCUACAACUGAGGGAUUUUAUAUUUUUAUCUUUCUUUUUACUGGACCCGCCCACACUGGACCCGCCCACACUGGACCCGCCCACACUGGACCCGCCCACACUGGACCCGCCCACACUGGACCCGCCCACACUGGACCCGCCCCCACUGGACCUGCCCACACUGGACCCGCCCACACUGGACCCGCCCACACUGGACCUGCCCACACUGGACCCGCCCACACUGGACCCGCCCACACUGGACCCGCCCACACUGGACCCGCCACACUGGACCUGCCCACACUGGACCCGCCCACACUGGACCCGCCACACUGGACCCGCCACACUGGACCCGCCCACACUGGACCCGCCCACACUGGACCCGCCCAACUGCCCCCACUGGACCCGCCACACUGGACCCGCCCACACUGGACCCGCCCACACUGGACCCGCCCACACUGGACCCGCCACACUGGACCCGCCCACACUGGACCCGCCCACACUGGACCUGCCCACACUGGACCUGCCCACACUGGACCCGCCACACUGGACCCGCCACACUGGACCCACCCACACUGGACCCGCCCACACUGGACCCGCCCACACUGGACCCGCCACACUGGACCCGCCCACACUGGACCCGCCACACUGGACCCGCCCACACUGGACCCGCCCACACUGGACCCGCCACACUGGACCCGCCACACUGGACCUGCCCACACUGGACCCGCCACACUGGACCCACACGGACCCGCCACACUGGACCCACCCACACUGGACCCGCCCACACUGGACCCGCCACACUGAACCUGCCCACACUGGACCCGCCCACACUGGACCCGCCCACACUGGACCCGCCACACUGGACCCGCCACACUGGACCCGCCACACUGGACCCGCCACACUGGACCUGCCCACACUGGACCUGCCCACACUGGACCUGCCCACACUGGACCCGCCACACUGGACCCGCCACACUGGACCCACCCACACUGGACCCGCCCACACUGGACCCGCCCACCACACUGGACCCGCCACACUGGACCCGCCCACACUGGACCCGCCACACUGGACCCGCCCACACUGGACCCGCCCACACUGGACCCGCCACACUGGACCCGCCACACUGGACCUGCCCACACUGGACCCGCCACACUGGACCCGCCACACUGGACCCACCCACACUGGACCCGCCCACACUGGACCCGCCACACUGAACCUGCCCACACUGGACCCGCCCACACUGGACCCGCCCACACUGGACCCGCCACACUGGACCCGCCACACUGGACCCGCCACACUGGACCCGCCACACUGGACCUGCCCACACUGGACCCGCCACACUGGACCCGCCACACUGGACCUGCCACACUGGACCCGCCACACUGGACCCGCCCACACUGGACCCGCCCACACUGGACCCGCCCACACUGGACCCGCCCACACUGGACCCGCCCACACUGGACCCGCCACACUGGACCCCCACACUGGACCCGCCCACACUGCCCCCGCCCACACUGCACCCGCCCACACUGGACCCGCCCACACUGGACCCGCCACACUGGACCCGCCCACACUGAACCUGCCCACACUGGACCCGCCCACACUGGACCCGCCCACACUGGACCCGCCACACUGGACCCGCCACACUGGACCCGCCCACACUGGACCCGCCCACACUGGACCCGCCACACUGGACCUGCCCACACUGGACCCGCCACACUGCGCCCGCCCACACUGGACCCGCCCACACUGGACCCGCCACACUGGACCCGCCACACUGGACCUGCCCACACUGGACCCGCCCACACUGGACCCGCCACACUGGACCCGCCACACUGGACCCGCCCGCCCACACUGGACCCGCCACACUGGACCUGCCCACACUGGACCCGCCCACACUGGACCCACCCACACUGGACCCGCCCACACUGGACCGCCACACUGA